UUAUGCGAUAAAUAAGAUUUUUGUGUAUUUUAUUUAAUCAUAUAAAAAUGUUAAGGGACUACGGUUAAUUUUAAUAUUUAAAAAAAUUUGUUAAACACACAUAUUCUAUCAAUUUACAAAAUAAUUGCAUGCUAUUAGAUCCUCGAACAUAUUAUUAAUAAAUAAAGUUUUUUUGGUAUCCUGCGUAAUGCACAUGUAGUAUAAGUUAAGUAUAGCAUAUGUAAACAGGCAGUGGCAGUAGCUGGCGUAGCUGGUCUGCUUCCGUAUGUUCAUCAAUGUUCAUUGCCGGUUGUACUCUUGUAUGAAUCAAAAUAUUCUGUUUCCCAAUAAAAGCAUUUCAUCUAAUGUUCGUUCAUUGAAUUUGUUAUAUUGAAAAGAAUGAUCGGUAUAAGAAUGAACGCGUUUAACGAUACAGGCCUUGGUGAACCCGAACAAGAUGCAAAUACUGCACUUAUAGAAUUAGAUAAAGGUUUGCGUUCAACAAAGAUCGGUGAACAAUGCGAAGCUAUAGUACGAUUUCCUCGUUUAUUCGAGAAAUAUCCCUUUCCAAUAUUGAUCAAUUCUUCUUUAUUAAAAUUGGCCGAAGUCUUUCGUACUGGCAGCAAUUUUUUACGUGUUUGGGUUCUCAGAGUAUGCCAACAGAGUGAAAAGCACUUAGAUAAGAUCUUGAAUAUUGAUGAAUUUGUAAGACGUAUUUAUAGUGUAAUACAUUCUAAUGAUCCAGUUGCAAGAGCUCUGACGUUACGUACAUUAGGUAGUGUAGCUGGUAUUAUUCCAGAAAGACAACAGGUUCAUCACAGUAUAAGGAGAUCAUUAGAUUCUCAUGAUUCAGUUGAAGUUGAAGCUGCAAUAUAUGCUGCACAGAUGUUCGCUGCACAAUCCAAAUUAUUUGCAGUAUCUAUGUGCAGCAAAAUAUCUGAUAUGAUCAGAGGUCAAGCAACACCAGCAUCAAUGAAGUUGCAACUUAUACCUAUUUUACAAUAUAUGCAUCAUGAUACUUUCACAGCUUCAAUGGUGAACAAACUGUGCAUGGAACUUCUUGCUAGUUAUCCAGCAGUAGAAUUUGUUAAAGUUACAUUAAGUGCUCUGAACACAUUGGCUUCUGCGACAUUAAUUGACAUUCCACAACAAGUUGUACUUCUACUACGUUAUUUGCAAGAUGAUCCAAGACUAAACAUAAAGCGUCAUGCUUUACAUCUUUUACAUUCGUUGGCCAGGAGGGGAGCACAUCUGUGGCCACAGGGUGCUCUCAAUAAUUUAAUAGAAAGUACUACCACACUCCUACAAGAUGGUACUGGAAACAAAGAUCUACUUAUUCGUACAUUAGACGUGAUCGAGGUACUUAGCCAAAGUGCAGUAACGUGCGAUGCAAACAGAGAGGAAGGAAAUCCUCUUUUAUCAUUAUGUGCAAAUGCUUGUUACUCUCCUGAUCCUUUCAUAGCAGUAAAAGCAAUAACCAUUUUAACUAGAAUUGCUUGUUACUGCUACGAAGAAGGUUUACCACCUUAUGGAAUACAAGACGUUGUAUCUUGUCUUGAAUCAUUAAUUGUAUUAUUGGCUCUGGACGAAAAAUAUUUACGCCAGUUGAAAGUGUGCCUACGUUCAACAGUGAAAUUGUGUCGAACUCAACCGAAUCAUUGUUCGGUAUUUGUCGAUGCUAUUGGUAGUACGCUUUUUAACACUCAGACAGAAGGUGGUCAUAGCGAAAAACAAGCGCUUGCUUUAUGCGAGGCAUUAGGCGCUAUUGGCAGUAUAGGAGAGAACACGCUACUUCCACUUUUGCCAGACAUAUUAAUUAAACUUAAACAGACUGUACAUGUACAUACAAAGGUAAUGCUGUGUACCUUGCUAUUUCAAAUGGUAGCUGGAGGCUACGAAUGGAAUCCUGAAUGUUUGGAAGCGGUAGAAGAGGUAAUUAAAAACGUCGAUGGUUGGGCCAAAUAUCGAAUUGCGCGAAGUGCUGCGAGAUAUGGUCAUCACACAAUAGCUACUCAAAUAUUUAGGAGCUUAAAGGAAACAGUCGCAUCUGAACAAUUACACUUUUGGUUGUCGGGUUUAGAGCUCGUUACAAAAGCUGAAAGUUAUUUGAUAGAGCAGAGAGAACCUUUAGAGAACAGAGCAAGAAUUCACACGGUGGAGAAACUACACGGAGCUAUUGCACGUUAUGCGAGUGCGUGCGCGGCAUUAAAAGCUGCUAGUACACCCUUGCGAAGUUUGCAAUUUGCCAGUGAAUAUUCGAAACUACGCUGUGAAUUUCUUCAAGCUAUCGUACAACUGUUACAUUCGUGCAGAUCGCUUUGCACGGCUCCACCACCUGCCAUUACAUGUACCGUAGUUCUUAACACGAAGGAUGAUCUUCAACGAUACGGACGUGUUACUAAUCAGUUAAGGAAAUCAGCUCAAGAGCUCAAAAAUUGUGCGGAGAAUUACCAGAAGCUUUAUCAGUCAGCUUUCGACGCUGAUCCCGGCACAUUGACAAACAUACGAGCGCUUCAAGAAAUUUGUCGUCUUUUAGUAAACAGCGUCGAACGCGUCUGCGGCGGUACAGGUAUUCAAACAUAUCAGCAGACCGAAGUUAACUUCGAUUUCGGCGAUACCGUGGAAAUGCGUCAGCUAGCUCGCUGUUGCACGGAGCUGCGUCGUUUGGCGCCUACCUAUGUGGGUGAAAAUAAAGCGGCAGCACUCAGUCAUUCGCGAAUCAACUGCUUAGUCUCGCAAGUGAUGUUGUUGGCUGGAACAAAAAUGCGUUUACCAAUACCUCGGUAUUAUUUCCAAGUUCUGCAAGCGACCACCGUCAAGCUGUCCGUUUCACCGCAGCCUCGGGUUCUCGGCGAGCCGGUAUCCAUUCCCGAUGGAAGUCAGCUAGCGUUGAAAGUCGAAGGGGUACUGCGGCAUGGUCGUUGGGCUUCUCUUUAUCGCUCUGUCGCUGCUGUUUGCAUUUCUAUUUCCACUACCCCUCCGUCGAAAAUUAAUUUGGACCAGAAAGAUUCCAAUGCGAACGAAUUGCAACAAACUGUUACACCGCAUCGCGAUUUCUUCGCUUGCGAAUUUUUGCUCUCGCUAGGUAGUCCAAGUACAACAGCAACGGCGUGUGCGAACAAUACCAACAAUGUAAACAACAACAUGAACACUGUCGGUGGACAGUAUCAAGUCACUGCGAGCGCGAGUAUACUCGACAAGGAUGGAAACGUUUGGAAAUGCGGACCGCGUUCCACUCUUCAAGUCAAGGUACACGAAGAAUCAGCCAAAAGGAAAUUACCGAAUAAGUCCUUAUGUAAUCUUUGAUACAUAAAAUUUGUGUGUACUAUAAAUACUGAAUAAAAAGUUUUUCUUAUUCUAAUCGAA